CCCCCAAUCCAGCCGCCGCAAUGCUCCCACGAACCCUCCUCCUCCCGCUCCGGCACACCCUCCUAUCCACCCGUCCAGCGCUCCCCUCCGCCGCCGCGCGCUCAAUCCACACCUCGACCCUCUCGCAACAACGACCCUCAAUACGCCGAAACCCGAACACCUUCGCAGAACUGAGCUCGCGGUUCAAUGGCUUGCGGCUGCAAACACAACAGCAGCAGACAAGGGGAAUGAAGGUGCGCAGCUCGGUCAAGAAGCUGUGCGAUGGGUGCAAGAGCGUGCGUAGGAAGAAGGGGAAGUAUGUGUAUAUUAUUUGUAGUAAGAAUCCGAAGCAUAAGCAGAGGCAAGGAUAGGCGAUGGUGAUAUGGCGGAGAUUUGGAUCGAGAAGGCGUGUGGGAGGGUGUCUGCCGGGACGGUGUUGGGCUACUAGUAUGGUGCGGGAGUUGAAUGAUAAGAGAGGAGGAUUGUAUCAUAUGUUUGCAUGCCCUGCAUUGAGGGCGUUGGAGGAACUCGUAUCGCGGG